CUUCCCUGAUUGGGCCGGUAAUACCUAUCCACAAUCCACAUUACCUCGCUAUUUCUCUCUCCUCACGUUCUUUUACUCGAUCAGUCCAACAUCGCCGACCUUAAUUAGUCUGGAAUCUUUUGUUGCUGAUCAUCACCGUUUCGUCCAGAAACAGGAUUUGGUAAUAACACUUGUCCAGAGUUGUACCUCCACCUACUUUUAGUUUUCAACACAAACUCUGUGAAAAUGGAAACAGGAAUUUUAGUUGUGGAGAAGUUGAGAGGAAAGUCAACACUCACUCGAUGUUUCUCAAAAUACCCUCUCAAAUUUAUUGUACCCAACAAGGUGGGUUCAUCUAAAACUGAUGCGGCUUGGGUCUAUAGUCUUACCUAUGGCGGUGGCAUUGUCUGUGGAGAUUGUGUUUCUUGUGAUGUUACAGUUGGAGAAGGUUGCACAGCAGUAUUAACAACUCAAUCUUCCACUAAGGUUUACAAAUCUGUGGGAUUGAAGUGUUCUGAACAAUGCUUUGAGGCAAGAGUCGGAAAGGAUGCUCUUCUGGUUCUUAUUCCGGACCCCGUGACAUGUUUCUCUACUGCAAGGUACUUGCAGAAGCAAAUUUUCAGAAUGGGUUUAGACUCCACCCUAGUGAUUGUUGAUUGGAUCACCAGUGGACGCCAUGAAAGUGGAGAAAAGUGGGAUUUUAAACUUUACAAGAGCACUAACAACAUCUACUUGGAAGAUGGUCAGCCUUUGUUUCUUGAUUCUGUAUUACUUGAACAGGGAAGCACUACGACCAUUGUGGAGCGCAUGCAAAAUUACCAAGUCAUUGCAAUGCUCAUUCUUGUGGGGCCGAAGCUAAAGAAUGUUCAGAACCAAUUACAGGAAGAACUUAAGAGAAUAAUGGGUGAGAAAUUUUACAUGCCUUCAACCUUGGGACGACAUAGUAAUACAAAAUCAGGUCCAACAAAACCAACUUUUGUUGCUUCUUGUAGUGCAUUUGGUCCUAAGGGAAUAGGUUUAGUUGUUCGAAUAGCUGCUACGACAACUGAAUCUGUCUACAAGUUUUUACAGCAUCAGUUGGCUAGUAUGGAGCCACUACUAGGGGUGUCUCCCUAUUGCUGAUCAGAAACCAAUCACACUUUCAUACAAGAUGGGAGCAUUUAAGUUCAUUGCUCUUCUACUAAUAAUCUAUGGGAAUCUGGAUCUUAAAAUAUCCGGAAAUUGAUACAUAGACUAUUUUCGCACGCACACUGUGGAUUAUUCAAAGUAACUUAAGUGACUAUUUGGUGUGGAAUCGGUUGAUAGGUGUAAUGAAGUGUGGAAUGAGCAACUUCUUGUAAAUAUGUGGUAUAUUAAUUACGAGGCAAAACCUUUUCACUCUAAA